AUGGAGACCCCGGGAAAGCAGCAUCCUUCCUGGAUUGAAGGGAUGGAAAGGGUGAAAGCCAGGCUUCAAAGCGCUCGGUUACGAGCCCGAGCCAUCACAGGCCUCCUACGAGCCACGGCAGCUGGGCCCCGGCUCCUCCUCCCAGUGUCCUCCCGGCACAAGGACGGCCAAGCGCUGGCGCCCGGGCAGUGUGCCGCGGCGUGA